CUUUUCCAAAUUGGGUCUCCGAAUUUCAGCCCAAGACAAGGCUGUACCAACUUUGGAGGUCAAGCUCAUGCACGUCAGCUCCGGGGCUUCCUGCUGUCCAGUUCUCCCCACCCCUGGCCUCCUGCUGCUGCUGUGACGCCAUGGGGAGCCGGAGAUGGCCCGCCGCGGUCUCCACUUCUGCUCCUGCUUCCAGCCUGUCAAGAAGGGCUGGAGGGCGCCGCGGCUGUGCAGACCGGGCCGGGCCCAGCCAGCUUUCCAUCUUCAGCUUGCUGCUCGGGGCUGCUCAAUGCCCUAUUAUUCAUUCCCACUUGACUUGCUCUCCCGUUUCCUGCCUGCCUCGCCUUUCCAAGCCACACCACGCUUGCCAUGCCCUUCGCCCCUACCCCCUGCAGUCAGCACAGGCUCCCAUGGGUUCCCUCCCCAAGAGGCUGGCAGAGCUGUCACCCGUCUCGCCCCUACCCCAACAUUCUCAGGCCCAUCACGCCUUCUUGCUGCUGCUUCCCAAGGUCAAUUCCUCCACCCCUUUCCGCCUCCCCCAUGAUCGUGCUGCCCCUGAGUUCCCUCCCAGGUCCCAUCCCUGCCCCCCUACGGAUUCCCCAUCGGACAUUGUCCAGCGGUCCAUCACCCAAGGGAACUUCUCACGCAUCACGGUGACACUGCUUGAAACCCGCUCUUGCCGCCUCUGCUGCUCACUUCCCACUCAGCCUCCCGGGACUUGGACUCUUCCCCCGCAAGACAACCAUUGUCUAUUUAUUGCAAACCCAACCACCCCACCACCUCCCCGCUCUGGGGCCUCCUUGAAGCAUCAGAACUGUGUUUCAGCUUCUGCUCUCAAAACUGUCCACCCUUUUCUUUUCGCCUCAUCUCCCGCUUCCCCUGCUGUUCCCUCACGUCGGUGUCAUUGGCACCUCUCUGUGUGACGGGUCCUCCGAGUUCUGCCUUUCUCCUGUUUUGGUCCAUUUCUCCCUCUACUGUCCCUUGGAUGUUGUCUCAUGAAAGUCACCACCAGACACUCCAAUUCCACGUAUCCAGUCGGAACUGGGGCCUCCUCUUCCCCCUCCCUCCAGAACACUUCUCCCUCAGGGUUCCCUGUCUCUCUCCUAGCCACGAGCAUCUUCCCAGGCAUCCCGAAGGUAGCAAACGACUGGCUGGUGCCUCCCUUCUACCCACACAUGUGAUUGGUUGCCCCU